AUGGAUCUCGACGACGCGUUCGAUGACGAUCACGCCCGCGCGCUCGCCGAGCUCGAGCGCGCGAGCCUGGACGACGUGCUCGCGCGCUCGCGCAUGCUCGAACACGAGCUUCGCGUGCUCAGGGACGAGAGCAACAGGUUAAACCUGGAGUGCCAGAGCGAGCGAGAGCGCGUGCGGGAUAACAAGGAGAAGAUCAAGCUGAAUAAACAGCUGCCGUACCUGGUGGGGAACGUCGUGGAGCUCCUGGACCUGGCGCCGGAGGAGGAGGAGUUGGAGGAUCAGGCCACGGCGGACGUGGACGCGCAGCGGAGCGGGAAGGCGUGCGUGUUGAAGACGACGACGAGACAGACGAUUUUCUUGCCCGUCGUGGGGUUGGUGGACGCGGAGACGCUGAAACCGGGCGAUCUGGUGGGGGUGAAUAAGGAUUCGUAUUUGAUCCUCGACACCCUGCCGGCGGAGUACGACUCGAGGGUAAAGGCGAUGGAGGUGGAUGAAAAGCCGACGGAUGAUUACACCGAUAUCGGUGGGCUCGAGAAACAGAUUCGGGAGAUGCGGGAGGCGAUCGUGCUGCCGAUGACGCACGCGGAGAAAUUUGCCAAACUUGGGAUUCGACCGCCAAAGGGCGUGCUUCUUUACGGUCCGCCGGGGACCGGGAAGACGCUCAUCGCGCGGGCGUGCGCGGCGCAGACGAACGCGGCGUAUUUGAAGCUCGCUGGGCCGUUGUUGGUGCAGAUGUUCAUCGGUGAUGGCGCUAAGUUGGUGCGGGACGCGUUCGCGUUGGCCAAAGAAAAGGCGCCCGCCAUCAUCUUCAUCGACGAGAUCGACGCCAUCGGUACCAAGAGAUUUGAUUCGGACACCAACGGCGAUCGCGAGGUCCAGCGUACGAUGUUGGAGCUCCUGAACCAGCUCGACGGUUUUUCGAGCGACGAUAGGAUUAAGAUCAUCGCGGCGACGAACCGGGCGGAUAUUCUCGAUCCGGCGCUCAUGCGCUCCGGUCGUCUCGACCGUAAGAUUGAGUUCCCUCAUCCCAACGAGGACGCUCGCGCGCAAAUCAUGAAGAUUCACUCUCGUAAGAUGAACGUCAACCCCGAGGUGAACUUUGAAGAGCUCGCUCGGGGAACCGAGGACUUUAACGGCGCCCAGCUCAAAGCCGUGUGCGUCGAAGCCGGCAUGCUCGCGCUGCGCCGCGACGGCACCGAAAUCCAGCACGAGGACUUCAACGAGGGCAUCAUCCAGGUCCAGGCCAAGAAGAAGGCCGAUUUGUUCUACUACGCCUAG